CAGAGAUCGUUCAAAAUAAAUAAAAUGUUAAGCAGGAUAUCAAUCAAAUAUUUCUCAAGAACUUACAAGGCAAGUCUUAACAAAGAUACUAUUCCUUCUUCAAUUAUCCGCUCUGAAUAUGCUGUGAGAGGUGCCAUUGCUGAGAAAGCAUUGAAGAUGCAGAGACAGAUGGAAGAUGAAGUCAAGUUCCCAUUCGAGAAGAUUAUCCAGCUAAAUAUUGGAAAUCCUCAAAAUUUGGGCCAAAAACCUAUCAGUUUCAAUAGAGAAGUAUUAGCUUCAUGCUUAACAAAUGAUAUUGAGGGAAGCAGGAUGAUCUUCUCAUCUGAUGCAGUAGAUAGAGCUGAAUACUAUUUAAGCCAUUUCAAACAUCGGGCAAUUGGAGCAUAUACAGAUAUCCAAGGGGUUAGGUGAAUUAUGAGGGAAGUCAAAUCCUUUAUCGAAAAGCGGGAUGGAGUUAACGUAGACGAGAAUAAUAUCUUUCUUACUAAUGGAGCAACUGAGGGAAUCACAUUCAUGUUAAACCUCUUGAUUAAAGAUGAGAAUGAUGGUAUAAUGAUCCCAAUUCCUCAAUAUCCUAUGUAUUCAGCACUCAUUACUAAGUUUGAAGGAACCCAAGUUCCUUAUUAUCUAGAUGAAAGUAAAGGAUGGGGGAUGUCCUUCGAAGAGCUCGAGAGAUCUUAUGCUGAAGCCACUGAUAAAGGAAUCAACGUAAGAUCAAUGGUGGUCAUUAACCCAGGUAAUCCUACAGGGCAAGUUCUCGCACAAGAAGACUUGAACAGAGUGAUUCAGUUUGCCCAUGACAAGCAAAUCUUCUUGCUGGCAGAUGAAGUUUACCAAAGAAAUAUCUAUGUAGAUAAGGAGUUUUGCUCAGUCAGAAAAGCUAUUAAAGAGCUUGGUAGUCCAUAUGACAAUGAUGUAGAACUUGCUUCAUUUCAUUCAUUAUCGAAGGGGCUUCAUGGAGAGUGUGGCCUCAGAGGAGGUUUCUUGGAACUUCACAAUAUUGAUAGUGUUGUCAACUUAGCGAUAUAUAAAUUUAAAGCAGUAGCAUCAUGAGGAAAUAUAAUUGGGCAAAUUGGAGUUGGAUUAAUGGCUAAUCCUCCCACAAAAGAUACAGUUUCUAAAGAAGUCUUUGAUCUUUAUCAAACACAAGAACAGCAUAUUCACGAUGGCCUAAAAUACAGAGCCAAUCUGAUUACAGAAAAAUUGAACAGUAUUCAAGGGAUCACAUGUAACGAGAUCGAAGGAGCCAUGUAUGCUUUUCCUCAGAUCAAGUUGCCUCAAUCUUACUGUGACUUAGCACAUCAAGAAGGAUUAUCUCCAGAUCUCAAAUAUUGACUGGAGAUUCUAGACAAGACAGGAAUCAUGAUAGUUCCUGGAUCAGGAUUCGGGCAAGAAGAAGGAACCUACCACUUCAGAAUCACCAACCUCGUGGACUCAAAAUCCGAAAUGAUUAAAGCUCUCGACAGAAUAGGAGAGUUUACAUCAGACUUGAUGUCACUCUACAAGUAG